AAGCCAGGAGGAGGACGUGUCUAGUCAUGGAGAUGGAGGAGAUGUGAGGGAUCGGGCGAUGGAGAGAAUGGCGGAGCAGUUGCGCCAGUUGCAGGACAAGGUCGAAGGGAGGCAGAACAGGAGGGCGGGAGGACACCCUUUCUCGAGGGAGAUUUUGACUGCACCUUUGCCGAAUAAUUUCUGGGAGACCAAUUUGGUGUUUGAUGGGUCAUCUGACCCGUCAAGGCAUGUGAGAACUUUUGGAAAUAUGGAGGUGUUGCAUGGAUAUUCUGAUUCUGUGUGUUGCAAGGCUUUCUUAUCGACCUUGCUGAGAGAAGCACUCGACUGGUUUCAUCAGUUACCCUCGGGGUCGAUUGCUGAUUUCGAGGAUUUUUCCAGUAAGCUCACCAAUCAGUACUCGAGCGCAGUGGCUCAGGAGAAAACAUAUUUGACCCUUAUGGCGAUGAAGCAAGGGGAGAAAGAAUUGUUGAGAAAGUAUGUGGCUCGAUACAAUCAAACAUGUUUGGAGACCCCUGCUCGAUCGUAUGAGGAUGUGUUGAAGAGGUGUAAGAAAUAUAUCAAUCUGGAGGAGAUGGAGGCAGAGUUUGCCAAGCUGGAGGGAGUUGCUCGACCAGAGCCGAAGAAGGGGAAGAGCCCACCGAAAGGGUGGUCAACCAGAAGGGGUUCGCCCAGGCGGGGCGGACCGAAGGGGGUAUCGCCCAGGAGAGAUGGGCAAGAUUCGAAGCAAGCAAAGCUGGAUGAUCGAUGGCAGGGGAGGCCAUUGUUAUUCGAGCGGCAUAGGUAUUACAAUUUCACACCUUUGAGGAAAGACGUGGGGGAGGUGCUCGAGGUGAUGGAGCAGAAGAUGGAGAGCGAGGAUGUGAUGUGGCCGAAGACGAGGUUUACGGAUCCAUCUCGUCCCAAGUCGAACCUUUAUUGUCGGUUCCAUAGGGAUUAUGGCCAUACCACGAAGAAUUGUAGGCAUUUGAAGGAUGAGAUUGAGCGAUUAAUUCGAGCAGGGCACUUGAAGGAGUUUUUGUAUCAUGAUAGAGGAAAAAGGAAAGGAAAGAGGAGGUGUCGAGAGGAUUCGGAGGAGAGAAGCGAUCGAGAUAAGGAGAGGGACGAUGAGUCGAGAAGAGGAAGAGAUGGUCGAGGGAUGAAGCAGAGGCGGGGGACGGAGAUAAAGGAGGGCGAGGAGAUGAGGCACCAUUGGAAAGGGGGACGAUCUAUAUCAUUUCAGGAGGGUCGACAGAUGGUGACUCAAAUAAUGUCAGGAAGGAGCAUGCUCGAGCGUCGGUGGCCACAACUCUUUAUGGUUUUAAUGGGCGAAGUAAUACCGAUGGACGAGGUAACUUUGCCGGCUGCGUUGGAAUCAGGAGUGAUAAGAAAGGUACGGAUGGUGAGAUUCGUGGUUGUGGGAGCAGAAUCAUCUUAUAAUAUUAUUAUGGGGAGGACGAGCUUGAACGCAUUCCAGGCGGUUGUGUCAACGUACCACAUGACUAUCAAAUAUCCGGUGGGCGAAAAUGUUGGCGAGAUCACAGGGGAUCAACUUAUUUCAAGGAGCUGUUAUCAAACGACAGUGAGUAACAAUAAGCAAUUGGCGAAGAGGCAUGCUAAGUCGAAAGAAGAAGAGAUUAUUCAACCAGGUGGGUCGAGGUCAAAGGAGGAUAAGCAGAGGGUAGAGAAGGGUAAGGAGAAUGUGGAUAUCCAGCCCGGUGGGGAGGUUGAGGAGAUCCAAAUGAUAGAAGGUUGCGAGGAGAGGAAGUUUAGAAUCGAGAAAGAGCUGGAGGAGCCAAUCAGGUCGAGGCUUAUUAGUUUG